AUGGCAGCCGCGUCAUCAUGGCACCUCUUACCACCCGACCUGAUCGAACACCAAAUCGGCCAAAUCGACCUCCUCACAGCAAUGUACCCCACAGAAGAUGAGGUCUCAAUCGACAAGGAAUCUGAAAAAUUUCUACAGCUCCUCAAAUCGCAUCUUGAAGAAGGCAGUGAAACCACAAAUCCGUCAUUGAGCCGCGCACCAACAGUGACCAUAUUACUCACCCUCGCCGUCCCGGAACCGGACCAAGACCCCUCAUCGCCAAAAACCCUGCAACUAGACAUCAAUGUACCCUUCUCAUACGAAGCCGACGAACCACCAGAAGAAGCGCCCCGGAUAAGAGUCCGGAUCCUCCAACCAUCAUGGCUCAACCGCGCAGCGACCGCCCACCUCAACGCCCAAAUCCCAGACGGCGACGAUGACCUCUUCAGCAUUAUAGACGCAAUAAACGAAACAGCAGUCGCAUACCUCGAAGAAGCAAAAACAGCAGCAGAAGCUGAAUCAGCAGUCUCCAAUGCUGCUGACACCGCCGACGCAGGUCCCAUGGUGCGGGUGUGGUUCUACUUCCCCUCCAUCUCAACCCGCUCCAAGCGCGACGACUUCAUCAUCAACGCGCCCGCGUACCACCUCACGGGCUUCCUCUACGCCGGGAAGCCGGGAUUGUUGUGCCUGGAGGGCGGGUCGCAGAGCAUCGACGACUACAUGAAGUUCAUCAAGACGGAGAGCUGGGGCGAUAUCCCUGCGCAUCAUAAAAAGGUUAGCGAGAGGCAUCGCGAAAAGGACAUUUCGAAGAGAGUGUUUGCGGACAUGUCAGAGAUUACAGACUCUGUAGGUGAGAGGAGAGGACAGAGGGCGAACAGGGGCGACAUGAAGGCUGUGGAAGGGUGGUUGAUGGAACGCGGGCUAGGGGAUGCUUUUGCGAAGGUAUUGAUGUAG